GCCACCUCGGGCCUGGGGGCACGGACGCUAACCGGGCCCCACCCCCUCUUCCCGGCGUCCCGGCGGAAGAGGCGGGGCGUCGCACCAGCUCACGCGCACGUUCCCACCUGGACCCCUCCCCUCCCCGCCCCCCAGCGCCGCGGCUGGGCGGAGACGGAGACCCGCCUCUGCGCUCUGCGGCAGCGUGUGACGUCACGGGGCGGUGCUUCGGCGCGAGCGGAAGGCGGGACCGAGGCCAAGAGCCGGCGAGUUAUGCCACUCACACGCGGAGAAGAGCUAACGGGACAGCGGUGCCAGCCAAUCGCAGUCAGCCCUCUGGAGGCCGAGAGGCUGGGGUGGAGACUUCGGAUACCGCCGUGGCAGAGAGAGUGGAAGGGAGGGGAGAUGGGGAGAGAAAGAAAGAAAUACCAAUGUGAACGAGGCACAUCAACUGAUUGCCUUCUGCAUGCACCCCAAACAGGAAUGGGGAGGGAACCUGCAACCCAGUUCUAAGUCCAAAUAGAAAUUGGAUAUGGAUAAUUCAUAUGAUUUCAGUCAACGAAGCUCAUGUAAUGGAAUUCCAUCUGAGAAAACAAACAACUUACUUGUGUCAGAAGAUCAUGGACAGAAAAUCUUGAGUGUACUACAGAAUUUUAGAGAACAAAAUGUCUUUUAUGAUUUCAAAAUAAUCAUGAAAGAUGAAAUAAUCCCAUGUCAUCGUUGUGUGUUAGCAGCGUGCAGUGACUUUUUCAGGGCUAUGUUUGAAGUAAACAUGAAAGAAAGAGAUGGUGGGAGUGUUACCAUUACCAGUUUGUCCUCUGAAGCGGUAAAAGCCUUUCUUGAUUACGCCUAUACUGGAAAAGCAAAGAUCACAGGUGAUAACGUGGAAAUGUUCUUCCAGGUGUCAUCGUUUCUCCAAGUUCCCUUCCUAUCCAAAGCCUGCAGUGACUUCUUAAUAAAAAGUAUUAAUAUUGUCAAUUGUUUACAGUUAUUAUCUAUAUCAGAUAGCUAUGGCUCACCCCGUUUGUUUGAUCAUGCAUUAUACUUUGUACAGCAUCACUUUUCCUUGUUAUUUAAAUCCAGUGAUUUCUUAGAGAUGAAUUUUGGAGUAGUGCAGAAAUGUCUGGAAUCGGAUGAGUUAGAUGUUCCUGAAGAAGAAACGGUACUGAAAGUUGUCCUUAAUUGGACUAAAUAUAACUUAGAAGCGAGGCAAAAGCAUCUGCCUUAUUUGAUUAAAAAAGUAAGAUUACACCAAUUACCUGAGGAGACACUUCAAGACUGUCUGCUCAGUGAAGAGUGUUUACUCAAAAACACCAACUGCUUUGACAUAGUCAUGGAUGCAGUUAAGUGUGUGCAAGGUUCUGGUGGACUUUUCCCUGAUGCGCGACCAUCCACAACUGAAAAAUACAUAUUUGUUCACAAAACUGAGGAAAAUGGCGAAAAUCAACACACAUUUUGCUAUAAUAUUAAAACCGAUUCGUGGAAAAUACUGCCACAAUCACACCUGAUUGAUUUGCCCGGAUCUAGUCUGGCAAGUUACGGAGAAAAAAUAUUCUUGACCGGUGGUUGCAAGGGGCCGUGUUGUAGAACAGUUCGGCUUCAUAUUGCAGAGUCAUAUCAUGACGCCACUGAUCAAACCUGGUGCUAUUGUCCAGUCAAAAAUGAUUUCUUCCCAGUAUCGACUAUGAAAACACCAAGAACCAUGCAUACAUCGGUUAUGGCUCUUAAUAGAUUGUUUGUCAUAGGUGGAAAGACUACGGGAUCUCAGGACAUUAAAAGCCUCUUAGAUGUUGAAUCUUACAACCCUCUUUCCAAAGAAUGGAUGUCUGUUAGCCCGUUGCCCAGGGGCAUCUACUACCCCGAAGCAAGUGCAUGCCAAAGUGUAAUUUAUGUUCUUGGAUCAGAGGUAGAGAUUACAGAUGCCUUUAACCCAUCACUUGAUUGCUUUUUUAGAUACAACGCUACAACUGAUCAGUGGUCGGAAUUAGUAGCAGAGUUUGGGCAGUUUUUUCAUGCCACACUCAUCAAAGCUGUCCCGGUAAACUGCACGCUGUAUAUAUGUGACCUUUCCACCUAUAAGGUCUAUAGUUUUUGUCCAGAUACUUGUGUCUGGAAGGGUGAAGGAUCUUUUGAAUGUGCAGGCUUUAAUGCAGGUGCAGUUGGAAUUGAAGAUAAAAUUUACAUAUUAGGUGGUGAUUAUGCCCCCGAUGAAAUCACAGAUGAAGUGCAGGUCUACCACAGCAGCAGGUCCGAGUGGGAGGAAGUGUCACCAAUGCCAAGGGCCUUAACCGAAUUUUACUGCCAGGUGAUUCAGUUUAACAAAUACCGGGACCCCUGGUUUUCUAAUCAUUUCUAAAAGUAGUGUGUGCUUAGACAUUGUAAAACUAUUCUGGUUCUAGAAACCUAGGGGAGGUUUGUUAAAUAAC